UCUGGCUGUUUUGUAACAGAGGAAGCUUGUGCUGCUUUAGUAUCAGCUCUGAGUUUAAACCCCACACACCUGAGAGAGCUGGAUCUGAGCUACAAUCACCCAGGAGAAUCAGGAGUGAAGCUGCUCUCUGAUCAAAUCAACCAUCUGGACAAACUCAAAUUGGUAGGCUGUAAUCUCACUAAUCAGCACUGUGAAGUUGUGGCUUCAGCUCUACAAUCAUCAAACUCCCCGCUGAGAGAGCUGGACCUGAGUCACAAUGACCUUCAGGAUUCAGGAGUGAAGCUGCUGUGUGCUGGACUGAAGAGUCCUAACUGUCAACUCAACAUACUGGGAUUAUCUUACUGUAUGGUGACAGAAAAAGGUUGUGCUGCUCUGGCAUCAGCUCUGAGUUCAAACCCCUCACACCUGAGAGAGCUGGAUCUGAGCUACAAUCACCCAGGAGAUUCAGGAGUGAAGCUGCUCUCUGAUACACUCAAACAUCUGGACAAACUCAAUGUGGAUCAUGGAGGAGAGUUCAGGAUCACAGCAGGACCUCAAAGAUACGCCUGUGAUCUCACACUGGAUCCAAACACAGCAAACAAACACCUCGUUCUGUCUGAGGAGAACAGAAAGGUGACGUAUGUCUCUGAGCGACAGUCAUAUCCUGAUCAUCCGGACAGAUUUGAUUGGGAUCAGGUUCUGUGUUCAGAGAGUCUGACUGGACGCUGUUACUGGGAGACUGAAUGGAGUGGAGAUAAUGUUUAUAUAUCAGUGGCUUAUAAAGAAAUCAAGAGGAAAGGAGGGAGUUAUGACUCUGUGUUUGGAUAUAAUGUGAACUCCUGGAGUCUGAUCUGCUCUGAUAACAGAUUCACUGUCCGUCACAAUGAUAAGAGAACUGAGAUCUCUGCACACACUGAUAAAUGUGUAAAAUAA